AUGGAGUUUAAAAAGUCCAAGCCAAGCCAUCCAAAAGUAGGCUUGGAAAAAGAAAAGCAGUUCUCCAACAGAUUUUUUAGAAACAGGUGGAGCGUUAAAAUCAGGUACACUAAAAACACGAUCCAACAGCUCCAACAACUUCAACAACUCCAUGUUGUGAGUUUUCAAAAUAUAUAUGAACAAGCUUGGAUUCAAUUAAUAUCAGCGGAAAUAGAGCCUCCAAGGGUCGUAAGGUACCUAAAGAGAGCAUUUAUGUUUUUGAACUAUAUUAAAGAUCAUACUGCACGAACACAAGUAAAUAAUGAACAGGAAUUACACGAGAGAACUUGA